GGAGCGCGAGCACGACUCUACACUUCAGAGAGAAAACACAGAUACUUUGUACUUCUGCGCCGUGUCCUGUCCGCGCGCGCAUCGCACCCGUAGGAUAACCACGUGAUUAGCUCACGACGUCACCUAAUUCCCCGCACAGAGACUUGAAGGAAUGUAAACCGGCGCGCGGGGUCUGACUGUACAGUGAGGCGGAGUGACGCGGAGAGUGGAAUGGCUCGGGCAGUCCCGGUCCCGUCGCACCGUGCUCGCGCGCACUGAGACAGAGCGGCUGAGACAAGUUGCGGCGCGAGGGAGGAAGCGAGCGAGCGAGCGAGCGGAGCGCGAGGGAUGGAGCACGCGGCGGACGUGAAGUGUAAGAUGGUGGUGGUGGGGGACAGCGCGUGCGGCAAAACGGCCCUGCUCAGCGUGUUCGCCAAAGACAGCUUUCCGGAGAGAUAUGUACCGACAGUGUUUGAGAACUACACAGCCAGCUUUGAAAUCGACUCUCUGCGAGUGGAGCUCAGCCUCUGGGACACAUCUGGAUCCCCAUACUACGACAACGUGCGUCCUCUCUCAUACCCCGAUGCCGAUGCAGUGCUCAUCUGUUUCGACAUCAGCCGGCCAGAAACCCUGAACAGCGUGCUCAGGAAGUGGAAAGGUGAGAUCGAGGAAUUCUGUCCCAACACUAAAAUACUCCUGGUUGGCUGCAAGUCAGACCUGCGCACAGACCUGGCGACCUUUGUACAGCUCUCCAACGAGCUGCCGCUGACCUACGAUCAGGGCUCAAACGUGGCCAAGCAGAUCUCCGCUCCUUACAUCGAGUGUUCGGCGCUGCAGUCGGAGAACAGCGUGAGAGACAUUUUCCACGUGGCUGCUUUGGCCUGCGUCAACAAGAGCAGCCAAAACGUGAAGCGUCACAAGUCGUCCAGAGCCACCAAGAGAUCGUCGCACAUGCCCAGUAGACCUGAGCAUGAUUCCAUGCCAUGUCUGCUCAAGAGCAAAGCCAAGACCUGUUCGGUCAUGUAAAGAACCAACAGAAACUCUUACAUACAGUACGUUGGUAUUUUGCUUGGAUUGUUUUUUUUUUCCGUCAGGAUUGAAAACAUGAACAUGAAAUGUUUUUUUGCACUUUAUACAAAUUCAAUGACUUCUCCAAGAAGGUUACGCUAUACGCCAUUCACUUUAAGGAGUGUCACCUUGGAAAACGAAAGACCUGAAUUAAUGAAGUGUUCAUUGCUGUGCCAAAACCUGAUUUCCCUUUUAAGUAUACAGUAUGCAGCAACGGAAGUGGGGGAUUCACAUACAUCAAGCUAGCUUCACGUAAGAGAAAGGACCAUUUUGUAGUGGUCUAGAAUUAUAGAAGAACUCGAAGCAGAGCUAGACCCUACAUCCUGUUUUUCUUUCAACUAACUAAUUUAUGGACGUAUCUAAAUUUACUUUAGUGAAACUAACCUCAGAUGUGACCUUUGACCAAAGCAGAACUUGAUGGACUGCAUUUAAUCUUUUCAGAACUGAGGAAUUUUGUAAAUGAACAUGAAGCAAUAAAUAAAUCUUAACCUCC